GCGCUAAAGCAGCCCGGCGGGUGGAGAGACUGCGGUGGGCGGCCGCGGGCGGCGCUGGCCCGGAUUUGCGCCCGUUGUGGUGGUGGUGGUGGGGAUCGUCGGGCAAGACGCGGGGCAAAGCCGGAGCCAGGGAUGGUCUUCCAGCUGCUGAGAAUGGGACGGGAGUAUCCAGGGCGGCCAUCUAGUGAUUAAGGGAGUUGCAGUCCGAGGCGUUCAAAGCUCCUGCUUUGUUCAAAGUUCAAAGGUCCUGCUUCAGCGUUACAUACACGAGUCCUCCUGACUUCAAAGGGUUCACAAGACAAGUCUGCACAUGUUGCAGUGUGAGUGCUGGACGCCAUUCAGAGUUGAUGCUAGGGGCAAAAUUACAGGAUUGCUGCUUUUUGGCACAGCAAGACUUUGGCUAUGACCACAUCAUCCUUGCCUCCCAGCAGUCAGGACAACCUUGUAAAAACCAAUCCUUGGACAAUAUCCCUCGGACAGUCUUUCUACUUCUCUAUUCAAGGUUAUAAUCAUGGGAAGUGUCAGUAGCCUUAUCUCUGGACACAGCUUUCACAGUAAACAUUGUCGGGCAUCUCAGUACAAGCUGCGUAAGUCAUCCCAGCUGAAGAAGCUGAACAGGUACUCCGAUGGUCUGCUGAAGUUCAGCUUCACCCAAGAAGCUGGCCACAACAAGUCCAGCUCCAAAGGCAAUAAGAACGAGGACUUCUUUUACAUCAAAGUGAACCAGAAGGCACACCGAUCAGACUAUGCACCACUCUCGGGUGGUGAGCUGGAAGGUCAGGCUGGGACAAGCAGUGGUGAUUACGGUACCCCAACACCCCCCAAACUGAAGCCAGGCUCCAACCAGCUGGAACUAGCUACAGAGAAGAGUGUGGCAAGGGCCACUGCUUUCAAACCAGUACUCCCUCACUCAAACACGGUUCUCCAUUCUUCUCCUGAUCACAGCAAUGCUGCUCAGCAGUUCCCAACCCAAGACAAAGCCAAAGAUCUGGAGAGUAAGCCUGCUCUUUGUUCUGGAGGACUUUCAGACUCGGGGAGAAACUCUAUGUCCAGCCUGCCCACACACAGUACAGCCAGCAGCUACCAGCUGGACCCCCUGAUUACUCCUGUUGGCCCCAUCAGCCGAUUUGGAGGCUCUGCUCACAACAUCACUCAGUGUGCCAUCCUUCAAGAGAGUAACAUGAUGAGCUUGAAAGCUCUGUCUUUCUCUGAUGGGGGCACCAAGAUCCUCAACCCAGGCAAGUCUUCCACUCAUCCCCAUAUGACUGAGAACAGUGUUUGUGUUCGCUCACCCAUCUCCACAGAGGAGUCCGCCAUUCAGGAGCUGGAGCAGAAGCUGAUGGAACGGGAGGGUGAGCUCCAGGAGCUCCAGUGCAGCUUUGAAGAGAAAGAGAUCACCUCCUGCCAAAGCUACGAAGAGAAGCAAAGGCGUUGCCGGGAGGAGAUGGAAGGGUUGAAGCAGAAAUGCAACAGCAAACUGAAGCAGACAUCACAGAAGAACCAGCGAGCUCAACAACUCUUGCAACUGCAGGUGUUUCAGCUGCAGCAGGAGAAGAAGCAGCUACGGGAGGAGCUGUCCAACUUGAUGAAGGAGCAGGACCUUCUAGAGAACAAGCUGAGGACCUACGAGAAAGAGAAGACCAACUUUGCUCCUGCACUAGAAGAAACACAGUGGGAGGUUUGUCAGAAGUCUGGUGAGAUCUCUCUCCUGAAACAGCAACUGAAAGAAUCCCAGACAGAGCUGAACAGCAAGACCAAUGAGGUCCUCAAUCUGAAAGCUCAGCUGAAGGACCUCCGGGCCAAGAUGGAACUGUUGGAGAUUAAAAUUCAGGAUUUGGAGGAUUCGUUGCAUGCCAAAGCCAUGGAACUAGAGGUAUGUGAGAAUGAACUCCAACACAAGAAGAAUGAGUCAGAGCUACUAAGGGAGAAAGUGAACUUGCUGGAACAGGAGAUUGCAGAGUUGAGAACUGAACUGACCAUCCUCAGGGAGGAGAUGAAAUGUGGUGUGGUUUCCAUGGGCCUGGAGGAAAGCAUGGUGGAGGAUGCCCAAGUCCUGUGGAGGGAAAUAGAGAAGCUAAAAAAAGAACUGCAGGAGGAACAGGACAGCAACAAGCAGAUCACAGUCAGCUUUCAGCAGGAACGACAAACCUGGAAGGAGGAGAAAGAGAAAGUAAUCCAGUACCAGAAGCAGCUGCAGCAAAGCUACCUUCAUAUGUACAAAAGAAACCAAAACCUGGAGAAGAUGCUUCAGCAGCUGGCUGCUGGGGAGGAUGGUAAAGACCCUUUAGAUCUUGAUCUCCAUGGAACUGAUAUCCCUUAUGAGGACAUUAUUGCCACUGAAAUCUGAACCUGAAUGGUGCUGUGUUUUGCUGCCCACUGCAGAAAGAUCUCACUUGGGGUUAUGUGUAACUUCACAGAGCGCUUUUAAUGGAGGUUCUUGUCUGGCCAAAACAAGUCACCAGCCAUUGUCCAUGCAUUUCCACCCCCAACUUCUUUAUCCAGGUGUACCUGACUGCUGUUGUAGGGCAACCCAUUGAGAAAAGGGAAGAGAAGAAUUCCCAACUGACUUUUUCUGUCACAGCGUGAUCCAACAUAGGAGCAGCUUUGGUAGAAAAGAUACAAGAACCUCUGAGCCAUUAAUAAUAUGAGAUAAGACUUGCUUGUAUUCUAAGACCCUCUUAAUUCCCCCGUGAGAGGACUCUGGGGAAAAGCACACCCAUUAAACUUUUAGUUAAGGAAGAGUGACUUGCACAUCCAUCAAGAGUUGGUCAUCAUGGUUCUCAAGGGUAACCAGUCAUUCCAUGUUUGCAGAACAUGAUGUGUUCUACUGGAAUAUUUAAGCAUCAGAUGGAACGAUAGUAGCAUUGCUCCAUCAUUUGUCUGCAAAGGACCUGCCUCCAUCAGAAAUGAUGGGCUAAUAUUCUAGAGUCCCGGAAGCCAUAAUUUGUCAGUCAGCCACUGGAUCUUCCUCAUCCUUUACCCUUCUUUUAGCGUUUGCCUCCCUUUCUGAACAAGCUGAAGUAUGGGAGAGGUAUAUUUUUAUUUAUUGUGUGAGUGCACGUGUCUAUAAUAGAGAUGGGAAUUGGAUUUUGAAAUGCUCUUGUGUUUUUGAACAGGAAUGUUCAGAGUUGUUUAUUUAAAAUGUGAAUAUUUGUAUGUAUGUAUUAUUGUUUUGCAAAUAUCUGGCAUUUAUUUUUCCACAUUUCCUAUUUUGACCUGGAGAAAAAAACAUAUUGGCUCUUCUGAGCCCAUUGUGUCUAUAGAUAUACAGUAACUGGAAAUAUAGGUUUGCCUCAAAGUGAUGCUUUCUUUAAAAACAUGCUAGCUUCCAUUCCGUGUUUUAAAAAUUAAUUUUUUUAAAAAAAAAGUAAAUGAGGUCAUGCAAAGAGCUUGGAUGGAACCAAGGAAUAUACUGUAUUGACAGGCAUCUAACUUUAUUUACUUAAAACAUAAAUCUUGUAAAAAAUCAACACCAGUUCAAAGUAGCCAAAAACAACAGUAAACCCAUUAGUAAACAAUUUUCAAAUACCAUAUUUCCCCGAAAAUAAGACCCGGUCUUAUUUUCUUUUCAGACCCAAAAUAAGCACCAAAUCUUAUUUUCAGGGGAUGUUUUACCCGCUUACCUUAGGACCACUGCAGCCAUUACUCCCAUAUCCUGACCCCUUUUGUGCCACUGCCGGACUUCUGUGGCCACUUGCAGCCAAAUGCUCCAUGGCUCAUCGUGUAGUGCCACCACUCGCGGCAGGAGGUUGCAGGGUGCAUUGUGCCAUUGUCUUGCAUGAGCAGCAGCCCCAGUAUGAUGUGCCAUGUGACAUCUGACCAUCAGGCAAUGGUGUGACAGGUGUUGGGGCAUGGGAGGCCUGACUGCGGCAGUCCUAAGGUGUGCAGAGCAUGUAGAGCAGCUCCAUCACCCCCACCCCCCCCCUAGCUUGAUUUUUUACACCUACAUUUUGCCCCACCUCAUACAACCAGAAGGUGGGCGGGGCUUAACUAGGGUUUAUUUUUGGAGUAGGGCUUAUAUUAGGCACAGGUGUGAAAAUUAGGCUAGGGCUUGUUUUCAGGGUAGGUCGUAUUUUUGGGGAAACUGUAUCAAUUCCUACUAUAUUGAAGGAUUAAGAGAACUGAAGAGAAAUGGUUAAAAGAAGAAACAUCAGUACAAUUGUUAUAACUACCAUAAAACAAUAAUAUAUGAAUAGACUGCCUUACUAAACAGAAAAGUUUCAUUCUUACUUCCAGAAGUUUUAAAGAGGGGACCAGAAACAAGGUCCUGUUCCCUAUCAAUUUUGAAACUGCUACCAUACAUAAUAAACCAUAAUAAGCAAGUAUUUAUUUGACUCCAUGUUCAGUAUUUUUGGAUACUUAGACUACCUCCCUCACCUUCAACCCAAAACAAAAUAGCCAGGAAGAGAAUAUUGAAAAAUACUUUUCUUGACACCUGAUUUCCAUUUAGGUAGCUUUGACCUUCUCCUUUCCACUGAAGCGAAAUGUUCCUUGUAGAGUUAAUAAAGGUCUUCACAGUAUUUGGUCUAAAAGAGAUUGAAAAUAUGGCUACCAUCCUAUGCCUUGCCAAUGACAGCUUAAGAAAGCAGAACAGCAAAGGACUUGUGUCAAAGUAGCUACUAAAGGGCAGCCAAAUUAUUUUGGCACCUGACACAAAAAAGUACCUUGUUAGUAUUAUAAUAAUAAUACAACCCCGCUCCCACAUUGUAGCAGUUUUAAAUGCUAAUGUGACAUCAGAAAUUGACCAUCUCACCACCAUGUCAUGCUGUUCCACAACAUUCCUUGUGACCUUUAGAGAAACCUGCCAUGAAACAUCUUAUACAAUAAAAUGCCAUAUCAAAAAUAGAAAUGCAAAAAGGGUAAAGAAAAUCUGGCUUCAAACAGAGAGAAAUUAACAGAGUUUAGAACUUAAAUAGCAAUAGCUUUUUUACUGCUACUUGAAAAGAUGCAUGGUUGAGUUCUUUUAUUCCGGAAAAAAGAUAUACUUCAAAGCCACAUUUCAAAGGUUAUAAUCCAUUGGCAGAACAGAUGCUUUUCAUGCAGAAACUCUCAAGCUUCAAAAUCCUAUCUUAUGGUAGGAUUUAUAGACAUCUCUUUGAAAUGCAGUCCUUGAGAGAAAUACAGAAUUUUGUGGGGUUUAGCUUGGUGGAUCUAACUUCCUGUGUCAGUCUAGUGAGGAAACCCAAUAAGCAUUCUUUUUUGUCGUGAUUUCAAAACAUUGGUUGACUACCCAAUUUUUUUCAACUGUUUCUGUGAGAUAGGAGAACUUUAUAUGACGCAAACAGCAGCACCCAAAUCCUAUCCAUAUUCGGGAGGUUCUCACAUUCUCAAAAUCUUGCCUUAACUAACAUUAUUGGGUAAACGAGGCCCAAAGCAUUUUUCACUUUGUUCUCAGCACCUUUUGAACGUUGAGAAGCUCAAAGUUCCAAAAUGUUGGAGAAUUUCCAAAAUGUCAAAAUGUAUGACUUUCUUCCAUUGCAUCAGAGAGAAUACACAUAUUGCAUCUUGCAUUUGUUUUUGCAAAUCUUUUGUCCUGCAUGCAACCCAGCAUCCCUGGGACUUGCCCGAGCAGCUAACAAUCCUGUUUCUCUAUAUAGCUACAAACUACGAAACACUCUUGUGUCACUGCAUAUUAAGUCUUAACAGCAUUUGUCACCCCCUGCCUGCCAAUCAGCUAAUUGGGUUUGUGCACAUAUGCUCCUGAUUAGCAAAAUUUGCAUUGUUAAUUGCAGUUUUAAACACCAGCCCAGUCCCUGAUGAAACACCCAGUGGUGCCCAGGGAGUUCAUUAUCUCUGAAUGGGAGGGAGUCUGUAUGAUAGCAGUCAUUUUCCUGCUGAGCUGAUAAAAGUUCUUCUCUUCCAUUCUGUUUGCUCUUUCAUUCAUUUUACAUUGGGGCAGGAACCCAGCUGUUGGCAGGCACAAUUAAAAGUUGUUGUUUCCAAAAAUAAUCUAUUGGGUGAAAGGUCCCCCCUCCUUCUGUGGUGAACUGUUUGGGGAUAGUGAAGAAAAAUUGGAUAUCACUUUUAAUUGUAAGAAAAAGUGUUAAUUGGUGCCCUGCCCACCAGUCUGAUUUUGUCAGUAAACAUAUACUAAAGUCCUUAGCACAGAUCCAAAUUUUAGAAAAUCUCCAUGUAGCCAAUAACGUUUACACCUAGAAACAAGUAAAGUAAUAACUAACAAUCAGCACAGGUUUGUUAAAAACAGAUCAUGCCAAACCAAUCUUAGUUCAUUCUUCAACAUAGUGAUGAAAUUAGUAGACCAGCAAAAUACUGUAGACAUAAUAUAGUUAGAAUUCAGCAAGGCAUUCAACAAAGUAGAUGACAACCUACUUCUUCGUAAGUUAGAAAAAAGUGGGAUAGAUAGAUUCACCACCAGAUGAAUUCUGAACUAGCUGACAAACCAUACUCAAUGAGUAGUCCUUAAUGGGUCUAAGUCUACACAGAGAGAAGUAAGCAGUGGGGUGCCACAAGGUUCCACCUUAGGCCCAGUACUCUUCAAUAUCUUCAUAAACAACUUAAAUGAGGGAAUAGAAGGGGAACUCACCAAAUUUGCAGAUGAUACUAAAAUAGCAGGAAUAGCUAACACUCUAGAAGAUAGGCUCACGAUCCAGAUGGAUCUUGACAGACUUGAACACUGGGCCCUAUUUAACAAAAUGAAAUUCAAUGUAGAGAAAAGUAAAGUCCUACACAUAGGUAAGAAAAACCAAAAGCACACAUAUAAACUAUGGAAAAUCAGGCUUAAUAGCAGUGACUGUGAGAGGGAUCUUGGAGUCUUAGUGGACAACCAGCUAAAUAUGAGCCAGCAGUGCAGCGGCAGUCAAAAGAGCCAAUGCAAUCCUAAAUUGCAUUAACAGAGGUAUACCAUCAAGAUCAAGUGAGGUACUAAUACCACUCUAUAAAGCCCUAUUAAGACCACACCUAGAAUACUGCAUCCAGUUUUGGUCACCACACUAUAAAAAAGAUGUUGAGACUCUAGAAAAAGUGCAGAGGAGAACAACUAGGGUGAUUAGGGGACUGGAGACUAGAACAUGAAGAACGGUUACAUGGCUAGUCUAGUGAAGAGAAGGACCAGGGGAGACAUGAUAGCCGUCUUCCAAUACUUGAAGGGCUGCCACAGAGAGGAGGGGAUCAAGCUGUUUUCCAAAGCACCUGAAGACCAGACAAGGAAUAAUGGAUGGAAACUGACCAAGGAGAGAUUCAACCUAGAAAUGAGGAGGAACUUUCUGACAGUGAGAACAAUCAACCAAUGGAACAGCUUGCCUUUGGAAGUUGUGGGAGUUUCAUCACUUGAGACUUUCAAGAAAAGAUUGGACUGCCAUUUGUCAGAAAGGGUGUAGGGUCUCCUGCUUGAGGGGGGGGGUUGAACUAGAUAAGCUAUAAGGUCCCUUCCAACUCUGUUAAUCUGUCUCUGUCUUCAAAUUCUGUCAACAAACUCAAAUCUUUGUUUCUCCAGACCCCAAGUCAAACCCCAAGAAAUUUCUGCUAACCUGGUAUCAAGAUUCAUUAGAAUCCUCUAUUUGGGGAACAUACUGUAUUGUCUCUUAAUCUUUAUUAAGUUGUAAAGCAGGGUAUACAUCUUUAUUAAGGAAGGGUGUGGGUUAUUUAGUAGGAUUUGCAAAAAAAGGUGGGGAGCUGUAUGGACUGCAGCUACAUAACAUUCAUUUCUACACUGGAUUUUCCUUUUUGUGAAGAAUUACUUAUCUCUAAACAAGACAGACCUUAAUAUGUCAGCUUGUAUGACCCAAUAAAUAGUAUAAAUUUGCCUGUCACAUUUUAGCCUAGCCUAGUAUGUAGAGCUAAACUGUCAUUAUUCAACACUAUAGUGGAUUGUGAAUACUCAGUAAAUUGGGACAGUGACUUAUUUUUGGAUUGUUCUUCCUUGUGAAGCAUUCUAGAGCAAUGUACAAUUCCCACCCCAUAUCCUUAAAACAGUUUCAAUCUAAGACUGCUAUCAAUACAUCUAAAAGACACUAAACAAAGCAAAACUUGAAACAAGAUUCAUAUUUUCAAAACUGCUUGAACAGACUGAGACCUAUAAUUGAGCAAUUGAGAUCUAUAAUUCCUUUGGCGUGUCUUCAAUUCUCAUUGGAGAAGAUGAGAUCAGCCAUACAUUUUCAGGACUGGCAUCUAUGAGAAGGGGCCCACCUCUGAUUGUCCUGGUGCAAACCAAUGUUAGGAGCAGAACUUCUUCAAAUGGUCUUAUUACAUGAUAUGGAGGAGUACUUGAGUUCUAAGACAAUAAACCAUGGAUAACUAUAGACAAACAUGUUAGGGGAAAUAUAACCGAUAAUCCUUGGAUAUAGGUAGACAUUCAAUUGUCUGGAUGACUUGCUGACCCAAAAUAAAGUAGAGCUACCCAAAUUGUGAGAAAUCACAUUUAUGUUUCCCAUCACUGGCAUGAAAUUAGGUCACCUAGUCCUCACCAGACCAGCCAACUGUAUAUUUGUCUAUCAAGAAGUGUUUUCUGCAUCAGUGACCACUUUUUCUAGAAAAAAAAUCUGGUUCAUUGGGUCAAAGCAGUUUGUCUGUUCACCUCUUACCUUCUGUAGACUGCUACAAAACAGAUGUGUGAACUUACCUUGAGUUUGAGGCAUUCUAAUAAUAGGUCAUAUCCUUAAAAAUAGUGGCUAGUUCACACAGCAUAGUAAACAUAUUUACUGAAUUAAUCAGUUUACUGGAUUUGUACCAUACACUAAAUCAUAAACCAACCAGAAGAUUUUAACUGAUUCAGAUAAAGAUUUAAUUGCUAUAUUUGCACAGCACAGUAUGCUUGGUUAAUUUUAAACUUGGUUACAUGUAUGUGGUGAUGGCUUAGCAAAUUGAAUUUGUCAAAUCUGUUUAUGAUGUUAUGAACUGUGCAAAACCUUGAGAUAUAAUGCAACCUGGAUUUUGAAAAAGGUAUCUUAGUAAACCUCGACCUUGAAAGUGGAAAAGAAGGUGCUAAUAGACACUAAAUGUGACAAGUGAAUGAGAAUUUUAAAAAUUAAUGUCUGGUAGAGAUUCUAGAUCUCUGUUUGCUUCAUGGUGCUAAUACAAUGAGAUAGGAGAAUAUGCAGGAUAAUAUGCAAACUCAAUCCCUGAAGACAUACAUGGACAUAUCCAUGAUCUUUUCUUGACAUGAUAUGGAAGUGAUUGGCCAGGUAGAGUGGAAUUGUCUUUCAACUCUACUCCAUACCAUUGAGAUUUUCACAUGAACCCCUAAUUCUGUACGUACCAUCUGCUGAGGCCACUAUAAAGAGAACUGAACCCUUUCCUUAUCCUCCAAACUACAAAUCCCAUCCUCUAGUUUCUUUUUCAUCAUUCUUGUCCCAAGUCCCAGACUAGAAUUUUGAUAGUUUCCCACAUUUGCAUUAGCAUGGCAGAUAGUAAAACAGGUCCACAAAUUUGCUACCAACAUGGCAGUGGACAAAGAUGCAAAAAAGGAGGUAAAUCUCUACCUAGCCAUUGGCUUCUUCCUCUGGAUGUAUAAUUAAUUAUUACUCAGACAAACAUCACCUAACACAUUCUGCAUCAUGGAGAAUUGAGCUGCUUUCUUUGGAUGUCAUAUAAUGAUUCCAGAAUCUGGUCAGCAAACCAGUGAUCUCAUGUCAUCACUCCCCUAAAUUGAUGCAGUAUCAACUUGUUUCUUGAAUAACUUUUCCUGCUUCACUAAUGAUAGUGUAUUAUGUAUAGCUUUGGGACCAUAUAUAUUCACUUGAAGCUAGAUUAUUGAUUCCUGGCAUUGGAAUAACUUCCAGAGCAUGUUGCAAUCUCUUUGGUGAUCUUGGAUAUUUUUCUUUUAUUUUGUUGGGGCUAAGGAAUGAUAGCUGUGAAAAUCAGAUUAUUCCAGCAAUGACUUUGGAAUCCAUGUUCCAUUCUAGCACUUCUAUGAAUCACAGUUGUUCUUUCUCUCUCUCUCUAAUCUUAUCCAUCUAUCCAUUCAUCCAUCCAUUGUCUUUCUCAACCACAAAAUAAGCUCUCUUGCUGGAUUUCUUCUUACAUUUAUCCAUCUAAAGAUUUCAUUGGCCAAGCUCACACAAUUUUGCUAAACCAUAAUUUAUUUUAAACAUGCUUUGUUGACAGUUGCAAGAGCUGGGUCAUAUACCAUACUAAGACUAGGAUUUGUUGAGUAACCACAGUAGUGGUUACAAAUCAGAGCGGCUGGAUUCAUACAACCUGUUUGUAAAAAAUGGACAAGCCAUAUUGUGGCUUGCUGUCUAAUAUGUGGUCUAAUAUAUUUAAUUUAGCCAGACUGCUCUUUUUUCAACAUGGAAGAUAUCAGGAAUUGAAUCCAAUGUUUGCUGAUGAAGCAUAUGCUCUAUCCUGUGUGGUGGGUUCUAAUGUGAGUGUACCUACCUCCCCUUCAUCUUCCUCAAUUUUACUGUGCCUAGUUGCUUGUUUCUCAGUCUGGAUCUGACCUAUAUAAUCUAGACCAGGGGUACCCAACUCCCAGUCUGUUGACCAGCAGUCUAUGGCAUGCCAGAAACUGGGCUGUGCAAAAAAGCGAAGCCCCAUUCACAGGAUGGAGGCAGCACAUGAAAUCAUGCCUCCUCCAAUAUGUGGAAAAACCUCUCUCCACAAAACUGGUCCCUGGUGCCCAAAAGGUUGGGGGCCACUGAUCUAGACCAAAGGUCCCUAACCCCUGGGCUGCAUGGCCUAUUAAGAACCAGGACGCAUGAGCAAUGGCCUGGUGUCUGCAACUCAACUUGCACAAGUCAAUGUAUGUAUGUUAGAUAAGAAAUUAUACAUUUAAGAUACGUUUAUGAGAAAAAUAAAAAACUUUUUUAAAAAAAAUACUUGCACAAGUCAAGCUGCACGCGCCAGGCCACUGUUCAUGUAAGUCAAACUACAUGUGCACUGGCCCACUCUUUGUACGGCCCAGUUACCCUCUCCCCCCCAACCCCAGCCAAGCUGCAAAGGUUGGGGACCGCUGAUCUGGACAGAAGCAACAAAAUAUGCAGAGAUAAUUUACUUGAAUGUGGCAAGUGGGCAACGAUGCCCAGUGGCAGACAAAUAGGAUGUCCAGAAAGCUCCAAAAUUGGCCAUGGACCUUCCAUAGAUCAUGGACUUCACAGGUGUCCAAUGGGAGGUUACAUGCUACUAAAGGCAAAUAAUUCACCAUGACUUUCCAUUACUUUGUUCCAGUCCUCUGAAGCAUUGGGGGGGCCAUCUCAUGAGACCAUUUGGCCCCCUCCCCAUUUAAUGUGACAAUGAUUGCUACCUUUGCACAAAUAUUGUGUUUGAUUCAUGACGGUAUGUAUUGCCAGCAUGUCACUUGCUUGUCUUGUCCCACUGUGUGUGGGAGAAGUCAUCAUUUGGGCUGUACACAGUACUGUUCUUCCCAUCACAUUGUCUUUUCUUCAGUAUAACUCUUGCUGGUUUUUCAUGUAUUAAAGUGUAAUUUCUGGUGAGCAAUGUAAAUGGACUCUAUGUUUUUUAUGUAUAAAUAAAUUUGUAAAAAUCUGA